UAAUAUUUUAAUUUCUACUAGAUUUUAUUUGUUAGUUUGUUACUUGUUAGUACACCAAGUAUAAUAUUGACUGAUUUGACUGACGUGGUGACGUUUAAUUUUUGAUAGAUAACAAUUAAAAAGUUAAAUAUUCAAAAUAUUUUCAUUAUUUUCUUAUUUGAUUUUGUGUACGCUCUUAAUUAAAUAAUAGUUACAACAGUUACCUAUAAGGCUAUAACUUAUACAUCGUUUAAAUUAAUUUAAAAUUCUGAAUCAUAACUAUAAAUUAACUAUUUUAUAUUAUGGCUUUUACUCCAGGAUCAGCCGUUUCUCCGUCUGCCGAUAUUGAGUUAUCUUUGUCAUGCAGGGGACUGUCUGGUACAGAUGUUUUAUCAAAAUCUGACCCAAUGUGUGUAACAUAUGUACAACCAUUUGGCCAAAAUAAAUGGAUAGAGUUUCACCGAACUGAAACUGUUAAAAAUAAUCAGGAUCCAAAUUUUGUUUCAAAAGUAUUGAUAAGCUUUAGAUUUGAAGAAAAACAGCCACUGUUGUUUGAAAUAUAUGAUACUGAUUCAAAAGAUAAAGAUUUGACAGCACACGAUUUUCUUGGAACUGUAACAAUUUCUUUAGGACAACUUGUUGCUAAUAAACGUAACAAAUUACAAUUAACAGAUCGUGAUGGUAAUUUGAAAAGUAGUUAUUUAGUUAUAACUGCAGAAGAAUUGGGUAUGGAUAGAGAUGAAGUAAUAUUAGAAAUGAGUGGAUUUAAAUUAGACAAAAAAGAUUUUUUUGGUAAAUCUGAUCCAUUUUUGGAAAUCUAUAAGCUUACUGAUACUGGAAAUUACACAUUAGUUUAUAAAACUGAUGUUAUCAAGGAUACAUUAAACCCUCGCUGGAAAAAAUUUAAUAUUCCUGUCCGAUCAUUUUGUAAUGGAGAUUAUGAACGGGAUUUAAAAAUUAUUUGUUUUGAUUGGAAUUCAAGUGGUGACCAUAGCUUAAUUGGUGAAUUUCAUACCACUCUAAAAGGUCUCUCGAAUCCUAAUGCUAUUUUUAAAUGCAUUAAUGGGAAAAAAAAAGAAAAAAAAAAAGAUUACCAAGAUUCAGGUGAAAUACGCGUAGAUUACAUAAAAAUACAAUCAACCUAUACAUUCUUAGAUUAUGUCCAAGGAGGAACAGAGAUGUUUUGUACUGUGGCUAUUGAUUUUACUGCUUCGAAUGGUAGUCCAUCAAAUCCAUCAUCUUUACAUUUUAUCAAUAACGCAAGUAUGAAUAGUUAUGAACAAGCAAUAUGGAGUGUUGUAUCUAUAAUUGAAGACUAUGAUUCUGAUAAACAAUUCCCUGUUUUGGGUUUUGGAGCUAAAAUUCCUCCCAAUGGAAAAGUCUCACAUGAAUUUUUUGUUAACAUGAAUCCUCAAAAUCCCCAUUGUUUUGGUGUAAGAGGUGUAUUAGACUCAUAUCGUAACUGUAUUAAUCAAGUGCAGUUAUACGGACCUACAAAUUUUGCACCUGUUAUCAAUCAUGUAGCUAAAAUAGCUCAAAAUAACAGAGAUGGAAGUGGAUAUUUUAUUUUACUUAUAUUGACUGAUGGAGUUAUUACUGACAUGCCAGAUACCAUUCAGGCUAUUAUUACUGCAUCUUCAUUACCAAUUUCUAUUAUUAUUGUGGGUAUUGGUAAUGCAGAAUUUGACGCAAUGGAAGAAUUAGAUGCUGAUAAAGGAGGACUAAAGAUGAACGGAAUUAAAGCAGCGAGAGACAUUGUACAAUUUGUUGCGUUUAACAAUUAUCAUAAUCUUGACCCUAGUGUUGCUAAUUUACAUUUAGCAAAAGAUGUAUUGGCCGAAGUACCAAAACAAUUUAUGGACUAUAUGAAAAUAAAUGGUAUUGUGCCUAAAAGGAGAGCAUCUCAAACCACAACACCAGAGAUUGAAAAUUUAAAAAUUCAAUGAACUAAUUAAAUUUGAGCAGCUUUAAAUCAAAUUUUUUCUUUUCUAAAACUAUUGGUGCUAUGUUUUUUGUUUCUGUCAAAAUUUAUACUAUAAUUGCGCAACACGAUUAAGUUUAUAUAACUAGUGUGUUCCACAAGAGAAUAAUCAGAACCAAUUUUUGUCAGCGUUUACACAUGCCACCCUAUUUUAGGACCGCGUUAAAACAGUGAUGUUGGCAAAGAGUUUGGUAUUGCAUAGCACGAUUGGGGAGGUAAAUAAAGGCUCAGCAUCACCGAAGCUGUCAGUUGAAAUGCUCAAAAAGUGGUUAUUCUCGGGUGGAAUAGACUAUAAAGUAUAUGGAUCUUUCAUACUGAUUUAAAAGUAAAAUUUAUAUUAUAUUUAUAAAGACUUUUAACUAUUUUAUCUUGCUAGCAUUUUUAACUUUUAUAUAAAUUGUAUCUACUUAAUAAUUGAAUUUAUUUUGAAACACUUAAAAUGUUAUAACAUAUAAUAAUUUUAUUAUACUACUUAAAUUAACCUUUUUAUAUUGAUAGAAAUACUAUAUAAUAAUGAAUUAUUUUUUAUAUUUAAAUUUUUGAUAAGCUUAUGCUUUAUGUUAAGUUAAUAAUUAUGUUAAUAUAACAAAACCCAGAUGUUUUCUUUUCAAAUGAUAAUUUUUUAAUGCACAAAUAUAGGGAUUGAAUAUAAGUAUUUAAGGGAGCCCGGAUAAUUUGAAAGUCUAGAAAAUCUUUUUUUAUGAAUCUACAUAAUAUACUCCAUUCACGUUGAAAGAACCUCAAUGCCUGAUUUGUGCACAGCACAUGGCUAUUAUUGACUAGCUGUGCAAUUGGACUUGGUUAUACAAUUAAAUUGUAUUACAUGUUUUCAUAAUUGCUUGUUAAAUAUUAUAAAUGUUAAAUUAUAUUAUAUUAUAUUAAACAAAUAUAUUUAUUUAAAUUAUUA